GAUGGAUAAAAAAAACAUUUUUGUUGCAUUUAUAUUCCAUAAACAGUAGGCACAAACGCCACCUAUUCAUUUUUUAUGUGGCUUAUGCUUUAAAGUUGUUAUUACAAGAAAUAUGUCGUUCGUACUACCGAGGCAUACCUGUACGGUGUUCGUUGUACGUGUUGAGCGACGCUACGACUGUCCACGCAUGCGCAUUUGUUACAGCGGGGACUAGACAUUCGGUCAUAGGAGAGGAGCUGCGGCGGCGGUACCGGAGCAGGAGGAGGAGGCGGUGGAUGUGGGGUCGUUCUGUGGAGGGGGGCGGCGCUCGAGCCACGUCGGUGAAACAAAAUCCUCAUCGCUCGACUGCAAACACGAUCCCCCGCAGCAGGAGACCACUGCAAUGUCCACCCCGGAUCCCUCCAUGGGAGGUAAUCCCCGCCCGGGUCCGUCCCCCGGUCCAGGUCCCUCUCCCGGGGCAAUGCUGGGCCCAAGCCCAGGACCUUCUCCAGGUUCUGCUCACAGCAUGAUGGGACCAAGUCCCGGUCCUCCUUCUUCUGGACUCUCCCAGCCGGGCCCGUCUGGCUACAGCCAGGACGGCAUGCACCCCCUGCACAAACCCAUGGAGAGCAUGCAUGACAAGAGCGUGAGCGAGGAGAGUCGUUUCAAUCAAAUGAAAGUACUGACAGUGAGGCCGGGCGGGCACACCGGUAUGGGUCCCCCACCCAGUCCCUUGGACCAACACUCACAAGGUUAUCACUCUCCAUUAGGUGGUUCAGAUCAUUCAAGUCCAGUCCCUUCCAACGGUCCUCCAUCUGGACCUCUACUUCCAUCCUCCUCCUCAUCUUCCUCUUCAAUUGGCCCCGGCUCGGCCCCUACGCCUUUAGAAGGCCCUGGUGGCGAUCAGCACUCCCUGGGCCCCGCCAACCGACCCGGAUCACUUGGUGGUUCAGGGCCAGGACCAAGCCCCGGACCGAGCCUCGGCGCCACUGUCCCCACCCUCGUGUCAGGCCUUGAAUCCGGUGGCCUGUCUGGACCGGGUGGCCCUACUCCUUUCAACCAGAGCCAGCUGCACCAACUCAGAGCUCAGAUCAUGGCCUAUAAGAUGCUGGCCCGAGGUCAGCCCCUGCCGGACCACCUCCAGAUGGCCGUCCAAGGGAAAAGGCCUAUGCCUGGCAUGCAGCAGCCCAUGACAAGUUUAACCCCAGGAGCUGGACCACCGGGACCAAUGAGUUCAGGCUAUAGUCGUGCUCACGGAAUGAUGGGCCCCAAUAUGCCUCCACCAGGUCCAUCCGGCCCAGCAAUAGGAAUGCAAGGACAAAACCUCAAUGGACCUCCCAAGUCCUGGCCUGAAGGCCCAUUGGUGAAUGCAGCAGCACCGUCCAACGCUCCCCAAAAGCUGAUCCCGCCUCAGCCCACGGGACGACCCUCCCCGGCCCCUCCCUCGGUGCCCCCCGCGGCCUCCCCCGUCAUGCCUCCUCAGACGCAGUCUCCAGGGCAGCCGGCGCAGCCUCCUCCCAUGAUGCCUUACCACAGCAAGCAGAGCCGCAUCACCCCCAUCCAGAAGCCCUGCGGACUGGACCCUGUGGAGAUCCUGCAGGAGAGGGAGUACAGGUUGCAGGCUCGCAUCACGCAUCGCAUCGCCGAGCUGGAGAACCUGCCAGGCUCUCUAGCCGGAGAUUUACGUACCAAAGCAACUAUAGAACUCAAAGCGCUACGACUGCUUAACUUCCAGAGACAGCUGCGACAGGAGGUGGUGGUGUGCAUGCGCCGUGACACGGCUCUGGAAACGGCGCUGGAUGCCAAGGCCUACAAACGCAGCAAACGCCAAAGCUUGAGGGAGGCUCGCAUCACAGAGAAACUGGAGAAACAGCAGAAGAUCGAACAAGAGCGUAAGCGCAGGCAGAAGCAUCAGGAGUAUCUCAACAGUAUCCUUCAACAUGCCAAAGACUUCAAAGAGUAUCAUCGGUCCAUCACGGGCAAAACCCAAAAGCUGACCAAAGCUGUGGCUACCUAUCACGCCAACACCGAGAGGGAGCAGAAGAAAGAAAACGAGCGCAUCGAGAAAGAGCGGAUGAGGAGACUCAUGGCCGAAGACGAGGAGGGCUACCGUAAACUGAUCGACCAAAAGAAAGAUAAGCGUCUGGCCUACCUUCUGCAGCAGACCGACGAAUACGUCGCCAACCUCACCGAGCUGGUCCGCGCGCACAAGGCUGCGCAGGCCCUCAAGGAGAAGAAAAAGAAGAAGAAGAAAAAGAAGAAGAAGAAGUUGGAGAGUCCAGAAGGACAGACUCCAGCUUUGGGGCCUGAUGGAGAGCCUCUGGAUGAGACAAGUCAGAUGAGUGACCUGCCCGUGAAGGUCAUCCACGUGGACAGUGGCAAUAUCUUGACCGGGGUGGAUGCUCCGAAGGCGGGGCAACUGGAAACGUGGUUGGAGAUGAACCCUGGGUAUGAGGUGGCCCCACGCUCUGAUAGUGAAGACAGCGAAGAUGAAGAGGAGGAAGAAGAAGAUGAAGAGGAGCAUCAGCCUUCAACUGCACCGACAGAAGAAAAGAAGAAGAUAAGUGACCCUGACUGUGAGGACGUGUCGGAAGUGGACGUGCGGCACAUUAUCGAGAACGCUAAACAGGAUGUGGAUGACGAGUACAGUGGAGCGGCGUUUGCCCGGGGACUUCAGUCUUACUACGCCGUGGCUCAUGCCGUCACCGAGAAGGUGGAAAAGCAGUCCACCUUAUUGAUAAACGGACAACUCAAACAAUAUCAGGUUAAAGGUUUGGAGUGGCUGGUGUCGCUGUAUAAUAACAACCUGAACGGCAUCCUGGCUGAUGAAAUGGGCCUGGGCAAAACCAUCCAGACCAUCGCGCUCAUCACGUACCUCAUGGAGCACAAGCGGCUCAACGGACCCUACCUCAUCAUCGUGCCGCUCUCGACUCUUUCAAACUGGGUUUAUGAGUUUGACAAGUGGGCACCUACAGUUGUCAAAGUGUCCUAUAAGGGUUCUCCAGCUGCCAGAAGAGCUUUUGUCCCUCAGUUACGCAGUGGCAAGUUUAAUGUCCUCCUCACCACCUACGAGUACAUCAUCAAGGACAAGCAAGUGCUAGCUAAGAUCCGUUGGAAGUACAUGAUCGUGGACGAGGGCCAUCGCAUGAAGAACCACCACUGCAAGCUGACCCAGGUGCUGAACACGCACUACCUGGCGCCGAGGCGGGUUCUGCUGACCGGCACGCCGCUCCAGAACAAGCUCCCUGAAUUGUGGGCACUACUCAACUUCCUCCUGCCCACCAUCUUCAAGAGUUGCAACACUUUCGAGCAGUGGUUCAAUGCACCUUUUGCGAUGACCGGAGAGAAGGUGGAUCUCAAUGAAGAGGAGACCAUCCUGAUCAUCCGUCGUCUUCACAAAGUGCUCCGUCCCUUCUUGCUGCGCAGGUUGAAGAAGGAAGUGGAGGCCCAGCUUCCAGAGAAGGUGGAGUACGUGAUCAAGUGCGACAUGUCGUCUCUCCAGCGAGUGCUCUACAGGCACAUGCAGGCGAAGGGCGUUCUGCUGACCGAUGGUUCGGAGAAAGACAAGAAGGGCAAAGGAGGCACCAAAACUUUGAUGAACACCAUCAUGCAGCUGAGAAAGAUCUGUAACCAUCCAUACAUGUUCCAGCAGAUUGAGGAAUCAUUCUCCGAACAUUUAGGUUUCUCUGGUGGAAUAGUCCAGGGUCUCGAUCUGUAUCGAGCUUCGGGAAAAUUUGAAGUGUUGGAUCGGAUUCUCCCCAAAUUGCGAGUCACAAACCAUAAAGUGCUGCUCUUCUGCCAGAUGACCUCACUCAUGACCAUCAUGGAGGACUACUUUGCCUACCGCAGCUUCAAGUAUCUGCGUUUGGAUGGCACCACAAAGGCCGAAGACAGAGGAAUGUUACUGAAGACCUUCAACGAUACAGAGUCGGAAUAUUUUAUCUUCCUCCUAAGCACUCGAGCAGGUGGCCUGGGCCUCAACCUGCAGUCUGCCGACACCGUCAUCAUCUUUGACUCUGACUGGAACCCGCAUCAGGACCUGCAAGCCCAAGACAGAGCUCACCGCAUAGGGCAACAAAACGAGGUGCGCGUGCUGCGCCUGUGCACAGUCAACAGCGUGGAGGAGAAAAUUUUAGCCGCCGCCAAGUACAAACUCAACGUAGACCAAAAGGUGAUCCAGGCCGGAAUGUUCGACCAGAAGUCGUCCAGCCACGAGCGCAGGGCCUUCCUGCAGGCCAUCCUGGAGCACGAGGAGCAAGACGAGGUCUGGGGACAAGAAGUGUGUCUACGGAUUAAUGAGGAGGACGAGGUCCCUGAUGACGAGACGGUCAAUCAGAUGAUCGCCAGGAGCGAGGAGGAGUUUGAUCAGUUCAUGCGGAUGGACCUGGACCGCCGGCGCGAAGACGCCCGCAACCCGCGUCGCAAACCUCGUCUAAUGGAGGAGGACGAGCUGCCGACCUGGAUCAUGAAGGACGACGCUGAGGUGGAGCGGCUCACCUGCGAGGAGGAGGAGGAGAAAAUGUUCGGACGAGGCUCUCGCCAGAGGAAAGAGGUGGACUACAGCGAUUCACUCACGGAGAAGCAGUGGCUCAAGGCCAUCGAGGAGGGCACUUUGGAGGAGGUGGAGGAGGAGGUGCGGCACAAGAAGACCACUCGGAAGAGGAAGCGAGAUCGAGACCUGGACCUCCCCGUGCCCUCGUGCUCCUCGGGGGGGAGAGGACGUGGGGACAAAGACGAAGAUGCAAAGAGGCAGCGAAAAAGGGGGAGACCGCCUGUUGAGAAGAUAUCCCCCAAUCCUCCUUCCCUCACCAAGAAGAUGAAGAAGAUCAUUGAUGCCGUCAUCAGAUACAAAGAAGGCACGAGUGGACGUCAGCUCAGCGAGGUCUUCAUCCAGCUGCCAUCUCGCAAAGAGCUGCCUGAAUACUACGAGCUGAUCCGCAAGCCGGUGGACUUCAGGAAGAUCAAAGAGAGGAUUCGAGGUCACCGCUAUCGCAGUCUCGGCGACCUGGAGAGAGACGUCAUGCUGCUUUUCCAGAAUGCUCAAACCUUCAACUUGGAGGGAUCCCUGAUAUACGAGGACUCCAUCGUGCUGCAGUCGGUCUUCACCAGUCUGAGGCAGAAGAUCGAGAAGGAGGAGGAGAGCGAAGGAGAUGACAGCGAGGAAGAGGAGGACGAGCAGGAUGAUGAAUCCGAAUCAGAAUCCCGUUCAGUCAAGGUCAAGAUCCGACUGGGCAAGAAGGAGCGAGGCGGAGAUCGUGGAAAGGGACGCAGCAGACGAUCGGGACGCACUCGGGCCAAACCUGUGGUUAGUGACGAUGACUCGGAUGAAGAACAAGAAGAGGAACACUCGCUCAGCGCCACUGACGAAGAAUCCUAAAUGGCACCGUGAUGUAAGAAUGUAAACGAGUGUGGUAGGAAGGAUUCUGUCUGCUCUCACCGUUUCCGAACAUCGGUACAUAAAGCCGCCGUUCAACUUUUAAGAUUGAGAUAAAACUGAAGGUUUAAAUUCACAUGUUCAGUCAAUGACUUGGUUAUGCGUGUGUCGCUUUAUCUGCAAUAGCCUUCAUUUAUUAGUUCAGUGAUGAGAGUAGUUACUGUUGGUGGAACUCAAAACUCAAGUCUUUGUAAUUCCUAAUAUGCACUAAAUUGCAUUUUCAUUAAAUACAAAUACAGUAUUUGACAAAAUGGGAAGCGUUUCAGAGAUUGGCACCUUGACUUUGCAUCAGUCUUGCUCGUCGCACUAAAGGUGGUUCCCACGACCGUACAACAUAUUUUGUGUUUAGGCACAAAGUGCUUUGGGGAUAAGCGACAUUUUUGUUUUGCACAAUUUGCACAAACCCGUACUCUUAUCCACACUUCCAUCGGGCACUUUUCUCAAAUUAAACUUUGCGCCAUGUUGGGUUUUACUUGGCAUGUGGAAUGGAAAAUUACAAUUAAGUGUGAGUGUAUUUUCUUACUGUGAUUAAUUCAUUUAAAUCAUCACAUAAUUCCGGCCUAAGUAUCUUAUAAUAUGAACGGCCUUCAACUUGAUUUUGUCCUAUGGGCACUUUAUUUUGAGUCAUUUUAAAAUGUUUUUUUACACAUAAUAUAACCUGUUUACAAAAAGGAGUGAGGCGUGCCUCCUGACUUGCCAAAUAAUGAGGCUAGACAUAUUGCAAAACUAAAGUUUUUGCUUUCACAGUCUGCUGACUUCAAACCAAUAAUUAAUAACGCACAUACGUAGGUGUUCAAUAUAGUGUGCACUCAUUUUGUAAAACUUCUGAUAUAAUCACUUUUUGAGCAACCCUUUCCAAAAAACAUCUUAGAUGUUGGUCGCGGAAGACAACAAGGGAAACACAAUCCAACAUGCCACAAAAUGCUAAAAAAUUAUUCCAGAGUCUUAAAUGGAACAAUCACAUGUCUAUUUAAUAUAUUUACAUGCAAUUAGUGCUGCAAAGAUUUAAAUGUGCCUAAAGUUACAAAAAUGACCCUAUCCCACCUAUUGAAUUUAGAGAACUACUAAAUCCAGUUUAAAAAUAAUAUUGAAUGUACACAGAAAAUAUUUUCAAACUGCCAAAAAUCAACCGCCUUCUUCAACAUGUGGUCACGACCGAGUCAAAUCGUCAGACGUUCCAAAAACAGCGUGUGUGUUUGUGUACGCUGAUGUUUGGGUUGGACAUUGAGAGGUGACCGACGACAUGACUGAACGUUUGCGGAGGCGGCGCUUCACGUUUGUGUAUGUUUGCAUCAUAACAGCCCGGAUGCUGCUGCUAGCAUGUCUCGUAGCACUUCAAACUUGAUCGAGCACUCUGAAGUCUCGCUCUCGUACUGUAUCUUUAAUUGCUUCCUAAUGGUUUCUGGUUGUGGUGACUUUAGGUUGCCAAAACUCUUCUAAAUACUUUUGCUGUUAGGUUUUUUUUUUUUUUUUUUUUUUUGAAGACAAAGGACCAGAGGGACUUUGGCUCCUCUCUGCUUGUGAAGGCCUCAUGGCUGGUGUUGGAUAUUCUGUAUAUGUAUGAUUUGUUUUGGUGGCUCUCUUUGGAGAAUUGUACUGUACUGUAAUUUUAUUAUGAUGGUAGCUAGUCAAGAACAUGCAACCAAAGCAUCAACACUUUUGUCUGUGCUGUGUUGUGUCGUUGUCAAUGGAAAGAACAUUGUAACAAUAAAUUUAGAGUGAACGUGUUUGUUGAAA